AUGUCUGAAAACAGAAAGGGAACCUUUCUCAGACAGUGUCAGAAAUGCCAUGUCAACAUGAAUGGAGACAUGUUAGAUGCACAAGGUGUUUGUCUUCACUGCAAAGAUGAGGCAAGAGAGGAGCACCCAAAAAAUCAGAAAAGCAGAAGGGAUUCUGUCACAUACAAUGUCAGUGAGAUGAUGGAGACUGAGCCUGCCUAUUCUGACUUCAUCAGCUGUGACCGGGCUGGUCGGAGAAAUGCAAUUCAUGAUCUUCAGGGAGAUGCAGCUGCCCUUAAAUUGGAGAAACUAGCAAACACCAUGGAUAUUUCUAUUGCAGAAGAAGGUGAGCUCUUUUCUUUUUUUGCAGAAAACCAAGGAAAGGAAGCUGCUAAUGAGAAGGACCCUGGAAUGAUCCCUGAGAGGAAGAAUGAUAGCUCAACCUUCUGAUUUAGGAUGCAAAAGGUGGAAGACACUUGAUAGUCCUCUAUAGGCUAAGAAAUCAAACUGCAACAAGGAGAUCUUUACUUAUAGAUCUCUGCAGAGGCCAUCUGGAUGACAUAGUCACUUUGUGUGGCAAGUAACUGGUACCUCCAAAGUUAUUUCUGUCUAUAAUGCUACAAAACAAGAUCUGUUCUGGUAACCUGAGCCACUCAGAGAGCCUUAAGCAGCUAUUUUCUGUACAGAUAAACAAAAUUUCCAUAAUAUGUACUUCAUAUUUUAUUGUACAAGGUACAUUUUGUUCACUUAGUAAAUAUAAACUAUUUAUUUCUAUGUCCUGUAGAUUAUUAGAUGACUUGUUGUGUCCCUCACUAUGCAUAUAUCAAGCCCCAGACACAAUUGAUCUUUUAGGCUGUGAACAUGGGAAUUAUAGGAUGUAAUGUACCAGACAUUUCUCCAGUAUGAACCUCAUUAAAUAAAUGAACUUGAUACCAGCAGCAGUGCUCUUGAUAGCUCCAGUUCAGUUCACCAUAUUGUGUUUGAAACAGAUACUAAUGAAAUGUCACCACUUCUGCUAUAUGUUAUUAACCAGUAGGUGUCACCAAAUGAUUCAGUAUUUCUGAACAAGUACACUUUAACAUUUGGUUUACUUGGCUUUCAAAAAAGGGAAGGUGACACAAGCUAAUACAUAAAAUUUGUUGUGUACAAUUCAGAUUACUCUGAUAGAUUUACAUCUUCUGUUAAUAGUCAUUUCUUUUAAGGUGAAGGUAAAAUCUCCCUUAAGCUGAGCUUGAGUUCUGGUGACUACACAGAUGCAGGCAUGCUGUUUUCUUUGCAACAAUCCUUACAUUUUUGCCACUGCCUUCUUCCAGCAUGUCUUGUAAAUAUUAUGCAAAUCUAUAAACUUGUUUUUCAGCAAUUAAAACUGAGUAUUAUGCAUUUUGCUGUUUCCUACAUUUAUCUCCGUAGGCUUGCAAUGUACUCUGCUGGUUUUAUAAUCUGACAUUAAAUAUCAAUAUGACAACAAAUAUUUGCAAAAUAUUCUGGGAUGUUAAGAUUGGCAUGGCAAUCUGGAGGAACAAAUAUAUACUGUAGAAAUAUAUAAAAUCAAAGUAUCAAUCCUGUCUACCCAUGGAGUAUGGCAGGGUUCUCAAAUAAACAUCACAAUGCUGGUUUGUAUGAAGGCUGGGAUAAGUUAUACUUGCCUGCCAGCUUACUGCAAUAUGAAUUUAGCAGCAUGAAUAUUGACAAUUUAAACGCAUAAAAGCUCUGCUGGUCAGACUGAGCCUAUUUAAUUCAGCACCCUGUUUCCCAAAUGGAAACCUAUGAGAAGCUGCGACAGUACAUGAGACCAAUCUUUCCCAUUGUUGUUCUCUGGAUGGUAAAAUCCUUGGUCAGCAAAGGCAACAUCCAUUGAGAGAUGCAUUAUCCAUCAAUGCAUUUAAUUCUUUCUUAAAGCUACGUAAACCAAUACAUUCAAACCUUCCAUAAUUUAACUGUGUACUAUGUGAAGAAAUCCUUACAUGUAUGACCCCAGGUUUUAAGUUUUAAAAGGAAAAAAACCUAUUAACUUUCCCUGCACAGUUUCAUAUGCUUUGUCUUUUCUUCAGAAAUAAAAGCCAUCAAAUGCUUCAGACCACAAA